AUGGCUAUAAAGUUGAAUGCUCCUAAUUAUCACCCUACAGAUCUAAUUCUUCCACCAUACAAGUCAGAAUCGAUUGAUGAAACUCAAGAACUUUUCAAUUCAAUACCCAUAUGUCUUGACACUAGCUCUGCUAUUACUACUGAUAUCGCCAUUUCAGAGGAAGCAAAGCUUCGAUGCUCUGCAUCAUCCAGCAAUGAGAUUCGUGAAAAGAGUUCUUACAAUAAUAUAGUUGAAAAAUCAUUGAAAAAUUUGCCACAAUUGUCCUCUAUAGAAUUAACUCAGUCAAAUAAUGAAGAGCAAUUCUCAAAUAUUACUGAAACUAAGAAAGAAAUACCUGAAUCCUUAAUUUCUUUAUCUUCAGAAUUUCUCAUUAAAAAUGAAUCUGAUGUAGAUAUACUUAUCUUUUAUUUACAGCAAAAAUUAAAAAUAUCCCGAGAAAAAUUGGAAAAAUGGAAAAGCGAUAUUCUUUUCGAAAUGCGAGAUAAUCAAAAUUAUUGGAAAAAAGAACGCCUAAGCAUGAAUGAAACAGAUUUCUUGGAAUAUAAGCAAAAUUUUGAGACUAAAAUGAAAGUUCCUACUACUCCGCACAAAAAAGAGCUGAAAAAUAAAUCUUUAGCACUUAUUGAAUAUGGUAAGGGUAACAAUUCGACACUACGUGCCUCUUCCUUGGGUAAUAUAAUAGAUAACAAUUCGGCACUACGUGCCUCAGGUGGGACUAUUUCGGCACUACGUGCCUCAACUCUGGCCCUCAUAGAGGAAUUAACCAGAAAGCUAGGGCACUACGUGCCAAGUUCGGGCAUUAGCCCUCACAUCGGGCCCACGAUCGCCAAACCGACAUAUGUCACAGUUCUGAAAGAAUAUCUUCUUCCCAAAAUCAAUCGCCUUGAGGUCUCGGACCCAAAAUUUAAUGUUGACAAGCUUGAUAAUGUUUCGGAUAAUCGAGUCAAAACGUUUCUUGAUAAAAUGCAUGAUGUGAUGAUUGAAAAUGUGAUAAUAGGAGCAGUGGAGUCUAAAACUGACACAUUAGUGGAUGAAAGUACUGUUUUUGAGGUGCUUAAUUUUGCUAAAAGUUUGUAUUUCAAAACCAGAAUAUAUCCGAAGCAAUUUAUUUCAGCAGAUCCCGAAUUUGUGAUCAGUAAUCGAAAAUUGGGUGGUUUCGGGGAAACAAAAAUUGCUGUACAGAUUGUUGCUUACGGGAAUGAAAACAUACGUGCCACCAUAUAUGCUAUUCAACAACUUGGUCGUGGUUUACCAAAUACGACAACAGUUUAUGUGAAAAGAUGA